ACAUCCACAUGCUGCUCGGCCUGAAAAGGCAGGGGGGAGCCGGAGGGGAAGCAGAGAACGCGAGCGAGGCACCAGCCCGCAGCCCGCCCCCAGCACAUCCUCAGACGCGCAGACACUCGGCAAGGCGCUGGGCGAGGUGGAGGUGAGGGCGGGCGCGAGCGAACUCGGAGAGGGGCUCGCUCACUCCCAGGCGAUCCCAGCCGCCGCCGCCGCCGCCGCACCAGCAGCAGCAACAGCAGCCGCCGCCGCCGCCGCAGCUUCCUUCCUCAGACUCCCCUCGUGAGGCUGGCCAAGCGGGUGUAGCCGUUAGGGAAGGCUCCCGCUAGGGGAACGCAACGAGGGCAAGAACUGGGCGGCCGCCUCCCACUCGGGCCGUCCGGCGGUCGGUGCCUCCGCCCGCGUGUCGGUCCCGGGUGCCGGGGGAUGUGUGUCAGUUUACGCCUCUGAGAUCGCACAGCUGCCUGGGGGCCGUGUGAUGCCCAAGGCAAGUCUUGGCUUUUAUUUUUAUUAUUUUUGUCUUGUUUUACCCUUGGCUUACGGGAAAUAUUCGUGAUGUUGUAGGAUAAAGGAAAUGAUACUUUGACGAACUGGAGAGGACAUAGAUGCGUUUUGUUUUUAGGAGAGGAAACGCGUCCUCUCUUCUUGGCUUGCUCCCUCUUUGCUGACUUCAGGAGCGACCCUCCUUCCUCCUGGUGAGGUGGGGACCCAGCAAGAAGAAAGGUGAAGACCGGCCGCCAAGAGCCAGGAGGGAAACACUGACCAGUAGAAACCUUUGCAGAGGACACUGCAAGGAAGAACACAAGAGAGAGAAAAACACAAAAGACUUCUAAUUGUACAAGAAAGCUACCAAAACAGCUCUGGAGAAAGCCUCCUUCUCCAACAUGGAUAUGUUUCCUCUCACCUGGAUUUUCUUAGCUCUCUACUUUUCAGGACUCCAAGUGACAGGCCAACCAGAUCCACCCUGUGGAGGUCGAUUGAAUUCCAAAGAUGCUGGCUACAUCACGUCCCCAGGUUACCCCCAGGAUUAUCCAUCCCAUCAGAACUGCGAGUGGAUUGUUUAUGCCCCCGAACCCAACCAGAAGAUCGUUCUCAACUUCAACCCUCACUUUGAAAUUGAGAAGCACGACUGCAAGUAUGACUUCAUCGAGAUUCGGGAUGGGGACAGCGAGUCCGCAGACCUCCUGGGAAAGCACUGUGGGAACAUCGCCCCACCCACCAUUAUCUCCUCGGGCUCCGUCCUCUACAUCAAGUUCACCUCCGACUACGCCCGGCAGGGGGCAGGUUUCUCCCUGCGCUACGAGAUCUUCAAGACAGGCUCCGAAGAUUGUUCAAAGAACUUCACAAGCCCCAACGGGACCAUCGAGUCUCCUGGGUUCCGAAAGUACCCACACAACUUGGACUGCACCUUCACCAUCCUGGCCAAACCCAAGAUGGAGAUCAUCCUGCAGUUCCUGACCUUUGACCUGGAGCACGACCCUCUGCAGGUGGGAGAGGGAGACUGCAAAUACGAUUGGCUGGACAUCUGGGAUGGCAUCCCGCACGUCGGGCCCCUGAUUGGCAAGUACUGCGGGACCAAAACACCUUCGGAACUCCGUUCGGCCACCGGGAUCCUCUCUCUGACCUUUCACACGGACAUGGCGGUGGCCAAGGAUGGCUUCUCUGCACGUUACUACCUGGUCCCCCAGGAGCCGCAGGACAACUUUCAGUGCAAUGUCCCCCUGGGAAUGGAAUCUGGCCGGAUUGCUAAUGAACAGAUCAGUGCCUCAUCCAGCUACUCAGAUGGGAGGUGGACGCCUCAACAAAGCCGGCUCCAUGGUGAUGACAAUGGCUGGACACCCAACUUGGAUUCCAGCAAGGAGUAUCUGCAGGUGGACCUGCGCUUUCUCACCGUGCUCACGGCCAUUGCAACGCAGGGAGCAAUUUCCAGGGAAACGCAGAAUGGCUACUACGUCAAAUCGUAUAAGCUGGAAGUCAGCACCAAUGGCGAAGACUGGAUGGUGUACCGGCAUGGCAAAAACCACAAGGUAUUCCAAGCCAACAAUGAUGCCUCGGAGGUGGUUCUGAACAAGCUGCACGCGCCUCUGCUGACCCGCUUCGUCAGGGUCCGCCCGCAGACCUGGCACGCGGGCAUCGCCCUCCGCCUGGAGCUCUUCGGCUGCCGGGUCACAGACGCCCCCUGCUCCAACAUGCUGGGGAUGCUCUCAGGCCUCAUCGCCGACUCCCAGAUCUCAGCCUCCUCCACCCGUGAGUACCUCUGGAGCCCCAGUGCCGCCCGCCUGGUCAGUAGCCGCUCGGGCUGGUUCCCUCGCAUCCCUCAGGCCCAGCCAGGUGAGGAGUGGCUUCAGGUGGACCUGGGAGCACCUAAGACCGUGAAAGGAGUCAUCAUCCAGGGGGCCCGGGGAGGAGACAGCAUCACCGCCGUGGAAGCCAGGGCGUUUGUGCGCAAGUUCAAAGUUGCCUACAGCCUCAACGGCAAGGACUGGGAACAUAUCCAGGACCCCAGGACCCAGCAGCCGAAGCUGUUUGAAGGGAACAUGCACUAUGACACCCCUGACAUCCGGAGGUUCGACCCUGUUCCUGCGCAGUACGUGCGGGUGUACCCUGAGAGGUGGUCGCCAGCGGGCAUUGGGAUGCGGCUAGAGGUGCUGGGCUGUGACUGGACAGACUCGAAGCCCACGGUAGAGACGCUGGGACCCACUGUGAAGAGCGAAGAGACCACCACCCCCUACCCCAUUGAUGAGGAGGCCACGGAAUGUGGGGAGAACUGCAGCUUUGAGGAUGACAAAGAUUUGCAACUCCCUUCAGGAUUCAACUGCAACUUCGAUUUCCCCGAGGAGCCCUGUGGUUGGAUGUAUGACCAUGCCAAGUGGCUCAGGAGCACCUGGACCAGCAGCUCCAGCCCCAGCGACAGGACUUUUCCAGAUGACCGGAAUUUCUUGCGGCUGCAGAGUGAUGGCCGGAGAGAGGGCCAGUACGCGCGGCUCAUCAGCCCGCCCGUCCACCUGCCCAGGAGCCCCGUGUGCAUGGAGUUUCAGUACCAAGCCACGGGCGGCCGCGGGGUGGCGCUGCAGGUGGUGCGCGAGGCCAGCCAGGAGAGCAAGCUCCUCUGGGUCAUCCGCGAGGACCAGGGCGGCGAGUAACACGGGCGGAUCAUCUUGCCCAGCUACGACAUGGAGUACCAGAUUGUGUUCGAGGGAGUUAUCGGAAAAGGACGUUCAGGAGAAAUUGCCAUUGAUGACAUUCGGAUAAGCACCGAUGUCCCGCUGGAGAACUGUAUGGAACCCAUCUCAGCUUUUGCAGUGGACUUCCCAGAAAUACAUGGCAGAGAGGGCUACGAGGAUGAAAUUGAUGAUGAGUACGAGGUGGUGGACUGGAGCAACUCUUCUUCUCCGACCUCCGGGUCCGGGGCCCCUCUGGCUGACAAGGAGAAGAGCUGGCUCUACACCCUGGAUCCCAUCCUCAUCACCAUCAUCGCCAUGAGCUCGCUGGGCGUCCUGCUGGGGGCCACGUGUGCGGGGCUCCUGCUCUAUUGCACCUGUUCCUACUCGGGCCUGAGCUCCCGCAGCUGCACCACGCUGGAGAACUACAACUUCGAGCUCUACGACGGCCUCAAGCACAAGGUCAAGAUGAACCACCAGAAGUGCUGCUCGGAGGCCUGACGGAUUGCACCCACAUCACAUCUGACGUUUCAUUCCAGCAAGAGGGGCUAGUGAAGAUUACAUUUUUUUUUCCUUUGGAAACUGAAUGCCAUAAUCUCGAUCAAAGCGAUGCAGAAUACGGAAGGGGUGGACAGACAGGCGGGUCGAGAGGGAGGGCCGAGGCAGCCACGCAGGGGGUUAUGACCCACCUGGGACUUCGAGGCUGCAUCCCUGCUGGACAGACGGGAGCUCAUCUCUUUGGGGGUCACAGUUCUAUUUUGUUUGUGAAUUUGUUCUUAUUAUAUUUUAUUUCUUUGGUCUGCGGGUAACUCACAGAGGCAGAAGAGAGUGACUUUUCCUGUAUAGAGCAGAGUGGUGACCACUAGUCCCUGCCUUCUCUAAUCAACACUUGGAAAGCAAAGGGUCUUUUCAGACUUUCCAUCCUUAGGAAAUAACAUCCCCCAAAGGCCACCCAGCUUUUCCCGUCCUCUGAUCGUCUUAUGACUUGCAGGAUUUGCUGUGGUGUAGGUUCUGCCAGCCAACUUGACAAGCUGCCGUUUCCAGUCCUAGCAUUUCAGUAGGAUGUUGUUGCCUUUAACUUUUUUAUCCAGGGGAAAAUUGCCAUUUUAGGGUCAGCAUGGACAGCUCUUUCUUAUAUGCGAUUUAAAACAAACCAGAAAGGAAACUUCACAUGUCAAAAUCCAUAGAAGCGCCUCCAUAUUAGAAGCGGACAAGCCUUAACAUGCUUUGUGAAUAGGAGCCAUUCAUUCAAUCUAGACCGAGAAUUUGUGGCUGUGAGGCUACUUUGUGGGUCCUCUGGUGGUGGUUUUGCUUUUUCUUUUCCUUCCUCCUCCUUCUUCUUCUAAAACAUACACAUACACACGUGCACACACAUGCACACACACACACGCACACGCACACACACAUAUGCACACGCACACACACAUUUCUCAGGUCUCUAAGCCAGGAAGCAGCAUUGUUUGGUAUUCUCUGUGAUGGGGGUGGGGAAACACAGGCGAUUGGUAUGUUUCUCUAUCAGUGAGAUGUAACUGGUGACCACUGGAAGGAAAGGAGCACAGCGGAGAGAGAAGAAGAGGUCCAUCCUCUGUGAUCAUGUGAUGGCAAACACAGAGCAGACUGGAAGAGACAUCCCGAAUGAACCGAUCUCUCUGAUGAGCGAGUAACUGACUUCUCCUCGGGGUUACAGCCGCCACCUCCACCUUUCAGAGGCAUCAGAAUGAGGAUGGCUGUGAGCUGAUUCUAACCGGAAGUCUGCAAGCACUAUGGACCAGAAUGGUGACACCGCUUCAGCCCCAGAGAGGCUUGUUCUCACACACACACACACACACACACAAACACACACACACCAGUUUAUGUAUUUUUUUUUAUUAAGUGCCUUGAAAAAAUGAAGAAAAAGAUGUAUUUUCCUUCUAUGUAGAAAUCAGUGAAUAUCAUACAAGUGAAGGCGUUCCUCUCCCUCACGCCCGGUGGCUCCGCGCCGCCCGGUGGCCCCCACACCGCUGAUCCUACUAAUGGAGUGAGCCCUGCCACCCGAGCGGUGGUCAUAGCCCUAGAGGACACUCAACUCCUCGAAAGGGGAGGCAUCAGGAAUAGCACGAGACUGUGUGAAGGAUAAGACUGUCCACGUCGAGAUCCAAAUCUUGAUUUCGUUGUACCGGCAAAGGACUGCCUGCGUGCUGGAAAUACGUUGGAAGCCCAAACAGUAUGCCCAGCCCGUGGCUCAUCCGUGAUAAACUUGUCAGACCAUUUCUGCUGCUGUGGUCACCCACAAUUUCAUUUGUCUCAGACCCGGGCGAAUGGGGCUGGCUGGUUCCUUUAAAUGUUAACGUAUGGAAAUGCGCGUUCAGAAGGUAAUGUCCCAGUGCUUCGGAUGCAGGGAGGGAGAGUGCAUACCGACAGCUAUUUAUUCAUAUGUGUGUGUGUCUUUGGCCGCCUUUGAGUUCUCUGUAUCUACUGUGUAUGUGAAUGGUCACGUGGGAUUCAGUGGUGGUGUUGUGACUUUGACCUAGGGCCCGAGUGUCACGGCUGAUCUCGGCACUCGUUGGCACAGUGGUAGUUAGAGAUGCAAAGCAAAGCUGUCAAGCCCAAGGGCUUCGCUUCUGCCCCCACAACCCCGCCCCCCCGAGCCGGGCGUGCAGCAGAAGCAAGUUCUUCAUUCGCCCACCUUCCUCUUCGCCUUCCCAUGUAGCUCAGUGUUCAGGAAGCUAGCAAGCCCAGGGGUUUCCAGAGUUGGCCUGCAGAAGAAGAGAGUUCAGAAGCCGGCCCUGGGCGUCCUGGCCCCUCCUGUCCUGUGGGCCAUUUUAUAGCCCCCCAAAGACCAGCCCUGUCUCCGGCCCGCAGUUCACCACUAAGUACGUACAGCUCAACCUGCAUCCCCCGAACAGUCCCGUAUCCAUAGUCACCACGGGCUGGUUUGAGGCCCUGAGUGGGCUCUGAGUGGUGAAGGAGAGCAGGCCGCCCAGGGCCACGUGUAGAUACCUCGCCAGCACUGGAGGCUGGUCUGUUCUAAGCCAGAAAGACAGCGGGGGCCUGAGUGGAACCUGCCCAGCAGCAUCCCUCGUGCUUUCGUUGUCCCUGUCUGCAGGUAGGCUAGCUGACCAUCUCCUUGAGUCCUUCCCUUUGGGAAACCCAGCUCACAGUAUUGAUCUCCUUUUUUGCCUUGUACUGAAUGACACGUUACCUCCACGCUCUCCCGGACUAGGCGGUCCACAGGACCACCGGGCUGCUUCCUCUCCUAGAUGGGGAUGGGGAGUUGACAGAGAUGAGGGCCCGAGGAAUGAGCCUGAAUGGCAAGAAAACAAAGGAAAGUGUUAAACUGUCACACAGAAGGUUAACUUUUCCAAGGUUUGCAGUUAAAGGUAUUUGACCAUUCGCUGGCUGAGCCAGAUCAAGGGAACUUGAGAGCUUUUACUGUGAUUCUUCAAUGUAAAAAAUAAACAACAAUGUCAAACUGUGUUUAUAUGAUUUGUAUAAAGCCUUUUUAAGAUUACUAUUUAAAUAAACAUUAUACCAGAGAUUA